AUGGCGUCCAUUUCGGCUCGACGUCUACGCAAGGAGCUCAGCGAGAUCAACAUCGAAGGAUGCCCAGCUGGCAUCAAGCUCCUUAGCGCAGAUAAUUUCGACACUUGGUUGUUCUCUAUAGAGGUCUUAGGCGAAAGUUUAUACCAGGGAGAAGUUUUCAAACUCAUGUUUCGCUUCGAUGCCAAUUACCCCAUUUCGGCACCAGCUGUACAGUUUGUCGUAGAUGAGACAAGAGAGGCGCCUAUCCACCCACAUAUAUAUUCUAAUGGACAUAUAUGUGCAUCUAUCCUUGGGACUGAGUGGUCCCCGGUGUUGAGCGUGUCCGCUGUGUGCGUCACGCUUCAGAGCAUGCUCGCAUCUUGCAAGGUCAAGGAACGGCCCGUGGAUAACGACAGAUAUGUACGGACCGCGCCCGAUAAUCCCAAGAAGACGCGUUUCCAAUAUGACGGUGAGAUUCGAUCGGAUACCAUCAGCAUGGCUCCACUCACUUCAUUCUUUCGUUUUUCGGCCUAG